CGCAGCAGAAAAAGCUCAGUCGCUUCGUGACUCACGGCGGGCAACGACUGUAAUUUAUUCCGGCGCGAAGCCAGCACGGUGUGCAUGCCAGAGUGCAUGGGAAGAAGCGAGUGGUGCGCGCGAUAACGACCAGCACGGCGGACUGACAACAAAGGGGGCGAGGGUUUUCCGUCAUUCCGUGAAUUAUUCACACGCACUUCUUGUCGCACUUGAUAAGCGAGCGCAAGUGGCCGCCGGACGAAAACCACCGACUGACAAUCGCCAGAAUGGAGCCCGGCGAGGAGCAUCCGAGCGACGUCGGCUUCCAAAGCGCGUUCGCCAGGGCCCUCGCGCAAGCCAGCGUCCGCCGAUCGAAAAGCCACCAAGCGGAACCGACGGCGGUCCAGCCCGAAGAUCCAGACGAGGAAAACGUCAAUCAGCAGCUCAAGGAGGAGUGCGAGCGUCUGAUGGAGGAGAACCGUCGAUUGAAAGCGUCCGCCGUGCUGUCCUCUCAUCUCAACAUUGACCACGAACAAAGAGCGGAAGUGACAUUGUUGCAGAGCAAAGUCAACACCCUGGCGUGGCAAUUAUCUCAGUCCGAGUCACGCAGGAGAAUGGUCUGCUCGGUGGCUGAGCAGGUCGCCACCUUCUUGGAAAGGGUUUCCAAAACUCUGACGGCGAAUUCUAACAGCCCAGAAGCAAAACGAAGCAAUUCAGCUCGGUGCAGGGUACCUAGGUCGAGGAGUACUCACUCCGGAGACAUUAGAGACUCACUGGAGCACGAAUUCACUCCGCGCACUUCUCUGCAAAGGUCGAACAGCCAAAUGCAGCACACAGACUCUGAGUACUCAUACACCAGUCGACGGAGUAGCUCAGUAUCCAUCGAGUCUGCAGAAAAUGACAAAUUGGGUCAGCAGGCGCACAGACUGGCGCGCACUUUGAAGUCCAUGUUGAGUUCGCAGGAGCCUCCCAUAAUGUCCAACGAAUCGCCUUCAUCAUCAUUCAGUGAACUACUGAGGAUGACGAGCAAACGAAGGCUUAAUUACGAGUUGCCUGAGAGGCCACAGAUCAUCCAGCAGGAGCCCUCGGUGCCCUCCCGCCCUCCCUUGCCCUCUGACGUGACCUACAUUUCACCUCUGAUGCAACAGGACAGCACCUCUACUUGUUCCUCCAACAGUUCCUCGUCGUCCUCGCCCACACUCAAAGCCAGGGACUCGGACGAAAGUGGAUUUUCCAGUAUUGGCUCCUUUCAAGAGGUUGGCUUGCCCUCUCCAAAUGAAAUAAUUCCAAGACAUGCCCGCUGCAGAAGCACGCCACUGAUCAACAACAGAAAUCACUCCGCUCGUCACCUCAACUUUUACAACGAGAACAGCCAGAUCGGUUCGGCAUCGCUGGAAAUAACAACGUUGGAAAAGUUGAAAGUUUUGUGGGUGUGAUUUUUGAAAGUUGCAAAAUUAAAAUGUGAAUGUCUGUAAAUAAAUAAGCUUAUUUAGAUUUGAGAGUGGCAGAGGAUAAAAAUAAAAAUUUAUAAAA